AUGCCUUCUACAAUCGACACAAUCCGAGAACUCACCAACACCUAUCAUGCAUAUGUGUUCGGAACAAGUUUCUGGUACUUCCUCAGAGGUAUCACUCGCGUGAUCGAUCCGGCGACGGUCUGCGACUGGUUCAGGCCGCCCAAGGAUGGACAUCCGGCUGCGAAUGACCUCGAACUCUACACAACCUGGACCGACGCCUGGUGUCUCCUCGCCCUCUCCGCCAUCCUCCUCGUCCUAGCCGACGCCGUGCCCCUCCCCGCCUCCAUCGCCGGCUCCUCCCUCUCCGCCGCCACCUCGACCCCCAAAUCCAAGAAACCUUAUGCGCGCGCCGUGAUUGUCAUCACCAUGUUGCACCAUGCGGCGACGGGGUAUGGCGCGUUUCAGCACUGGGUCCAGCCGAGCCAUCAUACGAUUGCGAUGGAUAUUGGGGUUUAUGGGAAUGUGGCGUUGAUUGCUUUGGGGGCGGCGGCGUUGGCGUGGGGGUUGGAGGAGGAUGGGAUGGUGCUUAGGGAUGGGAAGAAGAAGCGUUGA